GAAAACUCCGUCAGCCGCCAUUUUCCCAUUGAAAGUUUCUACAAGCGCGUCAGCGGCGUCAGGCGUCAGCUUCGUUGGCUCAGAGCCGUUGGCUGUUAUUACAGCGCCCUCACGCCGUCGCCACGAGCGGUCGCACGACGGCCUCGAGAGGCCGUUUUGCCUGGCACUGAAGUAUAUAGGGGGCACUGUUGGUGUUGGUGCGGCGGUUUGUUCUACCUUUCUACUAUUUUUGAAAGAACAUUACUGGCGUAAUGGCGUAAUCAGCAUAACCAGCAUAACCGCCGCCAAAGCAACGGACAUUCACAGGGUGUUUCUGCAGAACCACGGUGUGCUGCCGACUACAAAUGGCUGGGCUCAGUUGAUCGUCAGCUGAAGCUUUUUUGCUCCACUGUUGCUCUGCUAGGGAUCGCUACGCGCUUUGGCGGACCAAAGUGGCAUAGUCCGGCUGCGAGAUGACCAUUUCCGUGGACAUCCACCUUAACACGGACACCUCGUCGCUUGACCUGGUGUUCCCAAACGGAAUCGAAGAAGGUGGCAGGGUGAGAUUGAAUCUGUUGCGGCCACCGACCGGCUAUGCCAAACAACAAGCCGACACUCCAGAGGCACCGAUCGGCAGUGCUGCCGACGCCCGAGAAACAACAACGUACGUUCUCGAGAGAGCCUACGUUCCUCCUGGAGCCCACGGUUGUGACGCUGAGUCAAAGCUCCCCUGGGAAACAAAGAACCAUUCCGUUGGUCAGGUCAGUUCAAGGAGCGAACCAGAAGAGUCGGAUUCCGAAGCUGUCGACGCGCUGCCAGGUUCGAACGAUUCGUCCUCUUGCCCUUACUCUCCAGGCACAAGAGUCAAGACGCCGCAGGAUCAGGAAUGCAGACCCGAAGCCAGUGACACUACUGCUAUUGCCAUGGGGUUUUUGUUACGGGUCGAAAACCAGGAACUGCCGCCAGGCCAGGACCUAGUGUUGAUACCGGUGUCUGUGGACGGGAAACACCCGAAAGAUUGCCCAAACACAGUAGCGAGUGUACCCGCUGCAACAGCCUUCGACACUGCCCUCAUUCCAGAGCCCGUGGUACCAUCAAAUUCGACUCCUGUCGAGCUGAGUAGGAACCUAAAGCAGAUAGCAGCACUAUCAACUCCCACUUCGGAAGCUAUUGCAUCCAUAGUCAAUACCGCACCCACCAAAACAACAGUCGCCGUUCCACCGCGUGGCACUCGGGUAGCAGGUGGCGAAUUGCCGAGAAUGAGCCUCAUCCCAGUCGUCCACCCUGAAGUGAUGGCCGAAGCCGAGAAGCUCCCACAGAAAGAACGAGAAGCAUUCAUUGCCACGUCGGCAAAGAUAGUCUUCAAGUGCCUUGAGUGCUCACACUCUACCUUCGACAAGGACGCGGCUCUCAAGCACCUGGCCGAGCACACCCCUUCCCAAGCCGCAGGGGCAGCCGACUCGCAAACCUGCAAAACCCAGCAGUUGGCGAACCACCAGGUUUUAGAUACUCCGCCGGAUCCCUCGGCACAGACCACUCUGGCAAGGAGGUUAACAAGAAAGCCACAGCGUCUUCCGCACUAUCAGCUGGCAAAGGUGGCUGACCCCUUUAAGCCGUGCCUGAUCGAGUUGCGGUGCGAAGACGGCGCAGGUGCAAAAGAGAGGGUGAUGAGGAAAACAGAAGUUGAAUGUCUCGAGUGCGACCAGUGUCACCACUUCUUUGUAUCCCAGAACACCCUACAGAAACAUCAGCUGAACAUGCAUGCAAUCAAGAGCUUCGCGUGCGACCAGUGUCCGCUGGUCACCAAGUCCCAGCGGAGCUUGCGCCAGCACGUAAGCAAGGUCCACCGGCAGACGCUGCCCUUUGAGUGCGAGCGCUGCAGCAAGCGCUUCACCACCAAGCACAAGCUUCAUCGGCACACGGCCGUCAUGCACCUGGGCGACGCGGCUUGCCUGGCAGACGGGCAAAACCCGUUCCCGUCACUCAAGGUCUACCGCUGCCAGGAGUGUCCGCACGUGACCUUUAGCCUGUACCGCAGCAAGGCCCACGCCAUCACACACACGGGGGUCAUGCCGUUCCCGUGCUCGCAGUGUGACAAGUCCUUUGUGGUGCUUGACAUGCUCAAACGGCAUGUUUUGCUGAAGCACGACAAGGGCAAGCAGAGGCCCUGCCCACACUGUGGGCGCCACUUCAUCUCAGAGAGCUUCUACCAGUGCCACCUGCGUCUGCACGAGAUGAAGGGCGGCUUUGCGUGUGACCAGUGCGGGCAGCUGUUCGAGUCCAAGGCGUACCUGGAGCGUCACCAGCAUCAGCACAAGGUGCAGGAGGAGUCCUGCACUUGCGACCUCUGUGGGAAGACCUUCAAGACGGACCGAGCUAGGACUAACCAUGUGCACCACAUGCACCCAGAGGCGGCCACGUCCCCCUCGGUGGCCGUGCUGCGCUCCCUCCACUACCCGCACGGCUGCGACCACUGCCCCAUGCGCUUCAAAACGCCUGUCGAGCUGCACGCACACCAGCAGUGGCGCCACGUUGAUGGCCGCAAUCGCCAUGUCGCGGAAAGCAAGCGCUACGAGUGCUCCUACUGCAGCAAGGGGUACACGUACAACUGCGAGCUGCGCGCACACAUGCGCAGGCACACGGGCGAGCGCCCCUUUGCGUGUGAGCGUUGCGAUCGGACGUUCAGCAAGCAGCAGACGCUCAAGAACCACGUGGUGCGAGUGCACACCAAAGCCUUCAAGAUCCACUGCCUCCUGUGCAAGAAGGGUUGUGUCACCAACACCAAGCUCAAACGGCACCUUCAGACGGCGCACAAGGCAGUAACAAUGCCAACGACACCCGCCGCACCGCGCCGCGAAGCAGCAUCGCCUAACAAGAAGACGACUAGGGCGACGCGCGGCCGGCAGCAACAGCAAGGCGCGGUUCAAAGUCAGGCUGAGCAGCAGGACAGAGACCCGCAUCGGGAGGUGGCUCCCUUAGUGUUUGUGGAGGAACAGGUCGUAAAGAGGGGGUCCAACGGCAAGCAGGUGCUUAAGCAGGAACAGGUGGUGAUAAUGGCCGCGGAGGAGGGGGACCCCAUUCGUCUGCUCAACUCGUGUUUCUAGCGAACUUGAUCGGUGGGAGAGUUUGUGGAUGCUGAAUCAUUUGGGCGGCUCGAGCGAAGCUUUAAUUGUUUUGUCUGUCGACGCCGUUGGGGGUCAUGGGUAGUAGUCGUGUUACGACUAUUACCUUUGGGAGUAACCGUCGACACAGUCUUUCUCGUUUUGCUAUUUGUCCCCGAUGCUUUUCACCAAGUGCGUUAUGGUCCGAGUGUGGUGUCUCGCCAUCUGGAUGUCGACCGAGAAACCUUAAGUUAAAGCAAAAAUUGUUUAACUUGUCUGCUCAAGAAGUGUGCUUGCAAAAGAGUGGAGCCAUAUGUCAAGAGUUGAAGGUGGCCAUAUUGUUCAUGUACCAUGACACCCUGCU